AUGUCCUAUCGCAUCGGUCGAGGAGAACAAGGCGUCUUGACUUUCGAACCCUACAAAUCCAUUCUGCUGCCUCAUUGGCGCUUCAAGACUGUUCCGAUCGCGUGUGAAUCCUCACAGACGUUGCGCAAAGCAUUCGACUUCUAUAUCGAUGCACAGGAUUUCGUGGGCGCCGACAUGGCGCGCAAAUUCAUCCAGAUGGGAAUGACACGCGCGGGGAGGUACGCCAAUCGUGCAGGCGGACGCAAGUAUCAGAAAAGUACCGAUGGAAGCGGCGAGAAGGUCCUGCUGCCGAAGACCGAAGGUCACAAAGGUCAGGAGGAGAAGCGAGAAGCGAGUGACAUUUUCCGCGCGGUCUGGAUGCGAUGCAAAGACGAUGAAGGAUAUGUGAACCUGAAACAUAUCUGGACCAAGGAGCUCAAGGAUUAUGAGCGCUCAUCGAAUAUUAAGAAGGAAGUUGUCAUCAAGAAGGAGCAAAACGAUUGA